AUGUCACCCGAGACACCCAACCACGACCUCGAAACGCGGCCGGCGGUACCACUCAAUCGAGGCGAAACGUACAAAGAGCAACCUGAAACUGCAGGCGGAGAGCCAUUCGGAGACGAAGAAGGUGCAGAGGUCAGGUACCGAACGUUGGAGUGGUGGUUUGUCAGCCCUGGUUCAGCAGAAAGCCGACGAAGUCUGAUUGACAUGACAUUUAUGCUCGCCGGGGGAACAUCUCUAGGCAUGCUAUCGCUUCCCUCGGCAGUGGCGACACUGGGAAUCGUCCCAGGCGUGAUACUCAUCGUCGGCAUUGCUAUCGUCACCAUUUACACGGGCUAUGUAAUGGGGCAGUUCAGGGUCCGAUACCAAAGGGUUCAUAGCAUUGCUGAUGCCGGCGAGGUACUCUUCGGCUGGAUCGGGCGCGAGGUACUUGGGACGGGGCUGCUGCUCUGCCUGGUGUUUGUGAUGGGAGGGCACAUUCUCACUUUUACUGUCAUGAUGAACACACUGACGGAUCAUGGCACAUGCAGUAUUGUUUUCGGGGUGGUGGGGUUGCUGAUUUCGCUUAUGUUGAGCUUGCCGCGGACGUUUAAGAGGAUGACAUGGUUGUCAGUUGUUUCGUUUGCCAGUAUCGUUGCGGCAGUCGUGGUCACGAUGAUUGCGCUUGGUGUCCAGCGGCCGCGGAAUGCAAAGGUUGAGGUGACUAGGUCGACUAGUCUGUACAAGGCGUUUCUCGCAGUCACGGAUAUCGUGUUCGCUUAUGCCGCCCAUCCGGCCUUCUUUGGCUUCAUUUCCGAGAUGAAAACGCCCACCGACUGGCCGAAGACGCUGUGUUUUGUUGAAAUCAUCAACACGACCUUGUACACAGUCACCGGUGUGGUUAUCUACCGGUUUGCUGGUCAGCACGUUGCGUCGCCGGCACUGGGCUCAUCCAGCCCAUUGAUGGCGAAGGUUGCGUAUGGAAUUGCAAUUCCGACGAUUUUGAUUGCCGGAGUGAUUAAUGGACACAUCGCCUCCAAGUACAUUUAUGUCCGUCUGUUCCGGGGUACCGAGCAUAUGCACCGGCGCAGUCUGUUCUCGACAGGCACUUGGGUGGCAAUCUUGGUGGUGCUGUGGACGACAGCUUGGGUCAUUGCAGAAGCAGUUCCUCAGUUCAAUAACCUGCUGAGCCUGGUUACGUCACUGUUCUGCAGUUGGUUCUCGUAUGGACUAUGUGGUGCCUUAUGGCUCUUCAUCAAUCGGGGGCUUUGGUUCUCGUCGCCGAGGAAAACAUUCUUGACCAUUGUCAAUUUCAUCCUGCUUGGAAUGGGAGGAUGUCUGUGUGGCCUUGGACUGUAUGCGUCUGGCCGAGCAAUCAGCGAAGAGCCAGCUGGUGGCAGUUUCUCCUGCGCCAGCAAUGCAUAG